GAGUGUGUGUCAGAUAAGGAAGCAUGGACAGUAGAUCAGAGGCUUCACGGGACAGGAGUAACAGGUGCCUUGCCUAUUACUGUUACAGGCUGUGAGACACCUGCUCUGCAUGCAUUGCCCGCCAGCUUCCCACCCCGGGUUUUAUUCUUCAGCAGUUCUUCCCCUAGCCCUGGCCGGAUCGCAGUGACAAGGACAGCGCUGCGCCUUUCCUUCUCGUUUCUGCUCCGUCGCGUUAAUAGCGCAAGAUGGAUUUAACCCAACAGAUGCUACAGAGCUCAGUCGCAGCAAUGAUCUGCAGGACAGCGAUUGCAUGCCUGCUCCUAUUAUCAGGACUUAAUUGUGAAAGUCCUGUCACUGAAAGCUUACAAACAACACAGACCACAUUGCCUAUCUCAAUGAGUCCUCAUUUGGAAUCAUCACAAUCUUUAACAACAUUAGAACUUUCAAACACUGUUACUUCUUCUGUUGCAGUGACGGAAACAUUUAAGUCAAAAGAAUCCUUGCAAACUAAAACAGAAGGUCCAUUCCAAUCCACCCUAUCAGGUGACAAUAGCGCCACUACAGCACCAGAUGUCAAUUUCAAUUCUACCGCUAUGAAAAAUGAUUCAGCAGUCAUGAAUUCCACUACUGAGAGCAAUGAAAGAAAUAUGAGCACCACUGCUCCUAACAGUUUACCAACAGAUUCAAGUAUUGCACCUAGUACACCUACAGUGGUAAGUGGUGAAACUCUUACCACUAAAAUUGUUGAGCUUUCAAGUGGACCCGUGGAAUCCAGCACAGAAACAACAAAAAAUCUGGCAACAAUAACUGAAAAUCAGACAGAAAUAACUACAAAACAAACAGAAACAACGAAAAAUCAGACAGAAACAACAGAAAAUCAGACAGAAUCAAUUUCAAAUCAAACAGUUGCAGUAACCAUAGCUACUGGGAAUAAUCCAAUAAACAGUACUAGUGGAGAGUUCUCAUCUACUGCUUCUACUCUAGUCGAAUCUGGCAAAACUGCUGGUAAUACAGAUCCAACAACACCUGUAAGCAAAAUCGAUCCAUCCACAAAUGCUGAUGAAUCAACAGAAAGUAAUAAAGAGCUUCACAAGGCACUAAGUACAGGAAGUGUUGCUGCAAUUACAAUAAUUGUAAUUGUCCUUGUCUUAUUAAUAUUUGGAGGAGCAGCAUUCUGGAAGAUUAGGCAUUCAUCCUAUGGAAGACUACUAGAAGACCAAGAUUACGGUUCCCUAGGCAACUACAACAAUCCACUGUAUGACGACUCUUGAAGGAAAGAUUUCAAGCUCAAGAACAAAAUGUGUUGCCUGAUUUACUGUUGGGCUGAGUCAGACCAGCAAAUAUGCUUUACCUUUUAAUUCUCAGGCCUGCUGAAAUGACCUAUCACGCUGUAUGUCUGCUGUGCAUUGAACAAAGUAAUGAAUAUGAACUGAAAACCAAAGUGAGAUUUAUGUACUAUUCUGUAAAAUAUACAUCUAACUAAUGAAAUUAAUGAUCAAUCAUCAUACAGUACUUCAUUAAACAUUAUACCCUUCAGUUAACCCAACCAGUUAGAUCGUGAUCAUGCAUUCUAUUAGAAAGCGUAAUAACUAAUGGCUGUAUUAUCAAGAAAAACAUAGUGAUUAUAUAUUUUUUCAUUAAAAUGCAAUUUUGCACACAUAAAGGAUUCUUGCAUACAAAUUGUUCUAGGAAACAUUAACAUUUGAAAAGCACUUUCUUGACAACCCAAAGAAGCUUCUUGCAUCCGUUUGCAACUAUAAUUAAGGAUAAUACAGAUCAAUUAAUAUCAUUACCUUAGUUUAGAGAUUGUUUGCUGAAAAUAGUCAGACAUAAUGAUCAUAUCUAUUUAUGUGUUUUCAUGCAGCUAGUGACUGAAAGUUACACAACAAAUUGUGCAUGUGUUGCGUUCAGACAUUUCAGAUUACAGAAAUCAUCACCCUUCAAAAACACCCUGGCGAAAUGCUCUACCUCACAGCUCUUAUCAUGUGAUUUUGACAUUAUCCAUUUUAUUGGGUUGGUUUUGUUUUUUUGUCUGCAUACUAGUCUACUCUAGUUUCUCAGUCAUGCUGUGGAGGGUUUAACAACCAGUAACAUGUAGGUCACAUGUGGCUUACCAACACUUAUUUUCCAUUCAUCAGUCUGUUGCAUGUAUGUGUGCAGUAUACAGGCCCCCCCCCCCGUCCACUUGUGACAUCAGUCAUUUUGGAAGUGUUCCAUAGACGGAUAGAUAACAAAUAGUUCUGAAGUGAAUGUCGCCUGUAUGAGGAGAAUUUUGUAGCACAUAGGUGUCCUAUCGCACGAAAGACUGGUAGAUUAAAAACUUUCUCAAAUUAGGUCGUAUUAGUAAUUGGAUAGUUGUUAACUAAUGUGGCUUAGUUAAUGUGAUCUUGGUGGUGACAAUGAUAAUAUGCAGUAUAUUGGCUACUGAUUGUUAGCAAUGAAAAUGUGCUUCUGAUGACAAAGAAUGUUUGACAGGAGAAAAGUCUAGUCUAGGAGCAUUUAGUCUGCUCAGCAAUCUGUCAAAUCCAUAAAAUAUCUCAGUAUGGGCUCCAUGUACUAAAAAUCCACUUAUCCUGAAGUAAAAGCCACUCCUGCUUCACAUGUCAUCAUUGCGAUGCAGGAGGGAUCUACCAAAAUAUCUACUCAAUAGCCCUACCGAGGCUAGUGACUGUAAAGCCACCCCCUCGGCAGUGUCCACAGAGAUGCACAGCGCGUCUUGAAUGAGUUGUGCACGUGUUAAACAAUGGUACUCUGCUGCUUUAUGGGAUUUUUUUUUCAUUAAACUUUAUUGACAAUCAAACAGCUACAGAGAAGACAUCCAGAUUGCAUGGAGGCAGAUAACAGGACUUUCAAGUCCUGUAGAAAACAGCUGACAUUAAGGGUGUGUACACACGGUGAGAUAUUUUCUUUCGAUUUUGACUAUAUAGUCAAAAUCGCAAGAAAAGUUAGUGCAGAUCGUAAGGUGAAAGUCACCUUGCGAUCCCGAUUCAAUCCCGAUGCGCGGUCCCGCCAGGUCGGCAUUGCAAGAAAAGAUAGACUGUGCAGGCAAGUCAAUCCUUGCUAGAUCGGUGUACUAUCUAGUUCAUCUCAUGUGUCAAUGACAUCUCACAUAAGCCAAAAUCUCACAUAAGCCAAAAUCAUAAGCACACAUAGUCCAUAUCUCAAGAAAAGUUAGUCAAAAUCGGUGGUGCUGGGCUCCGGGGAGUUCAAGGGAAAUCGCAAGUGAAAAUCGGGCAUAGCAAGGAUCUCACCGUGUGUACACACCCUAAGUGUCUACUCUCUUUAGUAACACCUGGGUCACUUAGCCCUGCCAAAGAUGCCUAUAUCGGUGCCGAUAUUCUAACCUGCUAGUAGCGUUAGUAAGCAGAAGGUACAGAAAUCCCUUUAGUAAAUAUGGAGAAGUGAUAUGUAUAGGUAUUUUCUCUUUUUCGUUUGGCCCCCCUAUCUCCCUUUAGUACAUGGACCCCCUAUAACUGUCUAAAACUGCUUAAACCCUGAGUCUGGGUAUAUUCUUGUGGCCUUGCUUUAUACCUAUCGUUAGCCUUAUCUUUGUCCUCUCUUGAGGGUGAAUGCAAUCCUUUUGCACACUGUUUUUACAUGACAUUGUUUUAAGAGCAUUUAAUGCUGGUGUUGCACUAAAACAGUAUUAUGUGGUAAGUUGUUUUUUUAUGUAGGAAUAGAAUUUAAAAAAAUGCAGACAGUAUCUGAUCUAGGUGGGCGAAAGGGGCAUGGCAUUCUGUAACCAUGCCGUGGUAUUACUUCAGCCGAUGUCCUAAGGAGAGGGGUCUAUUUACUAAGCCUCAGGUGGAGCAUCGACACGGCUCCCAUUCACACUGCGCCUGACCCGGUAUUCAACCCGGGAAUAACCCUUCUUAUAUACCGGGUUGAAUUAACGGGUCAGGCGACCCGCUAAUUCGGGCAAAGUGCUUUCACAUCGCACACUGACCCGUGUCGACACGGCAAUAUGCUGUGUCGAUACCGGGUUAUUUGUGCGAUGUGAAAGGGGUAUUAGGAACUGAUUGGCUGGUAGUUUAUCACUCUCCAUUUUAUCACUUUUCAAGCGAUGAUGCAUCUGUUCCUCUAUCCUCCAACUGUGACCUGAUAAUUGUUUGUCAGAUUGGAACACCUGUAGACAGGAUCACCCGUGGGCUGAGUAGGGCCCAGGUGCUGUGAGCAUAGUGCCUGAAUCCAGGAGGUGUGAGCAAACCCCCUCCAGGGAUAAAAACAAAACUUUGUCUCCCUCAUCAGCACUGCAAAGGAGGACACGUGUCACCCCCCAGCUGCUGACCCUGUCCUCUCCAAUAAGCCUGAGUUUGGGUAAUCAGUAGCCCCUCCCCUCUCAGCACCCCUGACUGUAGACACCAUGUGUGCGCUUUGUAUAUUGGUACAUCAUUUUGGUCAUUUUUUUCAAUGAUUUGUUUUUCACUUACUUGCCAAAAGUUCACCCUGACAUAUUGUUCUAUAUACUUGGUUUUUAUGUUACCUACCAUUAACAUUUGUUUUGGUGCUUAUGUUUUAUGUGUGAAUUAGUAAUAUAGGGAUUUGCUUGAAUUUGUUAGUCAGAUGCACUCCAUUUUAAAAUAUUGCCUUUAGCUAAUUUGGCAAUCAUUGUUAUUUAUUUUUAUCAAUUCUACUUUUGGAAUAUGCAUAUUGAAACAACCCUUCAACAUCAGCAUGAUUGUUUACAACCAUGUUGACACAUAACCCUCUUAGACACUGGAUUGAUGAGACUGACCUUCCUCGUGGACCACUCAAGCGUUAACCAAGACAUGUAUAUAUCACUCAGACUGUUUAUCGUUUGUUUGGCAAUUUCAGCAAAUAAAUUGUUGAAGCUUAAAAUGUACAA